AUAAACUGGUACAGUUUACACACUUAAAGCCAAUUCAACGAGGCUUUAUUCCGGCGAUUUGAUUGCCGUCGUUCUAUAUUCCCAAGUGCUCCAGCAACUGGCGGUGACUUCUUCAAUAUCUAUGGCAAUGCAGAAUGACGAAGUUGGAAAACCACAAGCAAUGAGAACCGACAAUGAUUAUCAUAAAAAAAUCAUAAGCAAGCUCACUGAUGCUGUGCUUGAGGAGUUUGCAAGAUCUAACCCAAGCAAAACCCUCAUACCUGAUUACAAGAACCACAUCAAACAACAACUUCAGGGAUUCUUUCCAAAUUUCCGAACCCCCACUCACCCCACAUAUUCUGUGAUGAUUUUUAGGGCAAUUACUGAGUUGGAGGAAGAAAGGGGGUCAAGUGAGGAAGCAAUAUCGGAAUUUAUCAAACAAAAGUUCGAGGAUUUGCCAUGGGCUCAUGCAAGUCUGUUGCGUCACCAUUUGAAAAAACUUAGUCAGAGUGGAGAGAUAAUUGCUGUUUCGGAAAAUUCUUAUAUGCUUCCUGAUGAAAACGCUAACUCAGUCAUUAAGACAGAAAAGGGGAGUAAAGAGAAGAAGAAGCAUGAACAGGGUAGGGGAAAAAAAAGGCAGCAUGUGACUAAACAUGGAGAUCAAUCACAAGAAGGACAAAUGGUUAAAAAAAUGAAGCAAUCCCAAAAAUUAAAGGUUGCUGUCAGGGAAGAAGAUAAGGUCCAAGGUUUACUAAAGAAGAUUGAUGACCAAAAUCAAUCUCAAGAACAGCAAAUCAACCAAAAUGGAGAAAGAAGACAAAAAGAAUUGAAAGUUGGAUUUAGUAAGCAACGUCCAGUGGGAGAACAACAAAGUGAAGUGGACCAAAAUCAGGCACAAAUUUUAGAACAUGAAGAUGAAAUGGAAGAACAAGAAGUUGAUGUUAAAGAAAAAAUCCAAGAGGAAGGGAAUGAAGUAGAAGUUUUUGAAGGACAAAAGGUUGCAAGAAGGCAUGAACUUGAAAAGAUUGGAGGAAAAAGUCUGUUACAAAAGCAUGAGGUUUCUUCUCAACCAGUUAAUUCAGGAGAGAUUGAUGCAGAUGCAGAAGAAUGUAAUCAGGCACAACUACCACAAGUUCAAAGGAUAGUACAAGUUUUAGAAGGACAAAAUAUUGCAACAAGACUUGAACUCGAAAAGAUCAGAGGGAAAAAUCUGUCACAAGAGUGGCAGCUUGAGGAGCAAAAGCAGGAGGUUUCUUGUGAACCAGUAAAAUCAGGUGAGAUUGAUGUUGAUGAAGAAUGUAAUCAAGCGCAACUACCACAAGCUGAAAGGAUUUGUGACCAAAAACAAGCAAAAAGACAAUCUGAGGCAAUUGACAGUCAAUGUCAAGCAGAGACACAGCUAAUCAAAGAGAAUAAGGAAAAUGCUCAACAAUCCGAAGAGGUUCUAAACACUCUUUCGGAAAGGCAAAUUGAAGUUUUCGAAGAUCAAUUGCCUGCAAAGCAGCAAUUUGAAGUAAUUGAACAACAAAAGGAAGCUCCUGGGCGAGCUGUCAAAGGAUAUGAAAAUUCAGAACAAGCAGAAAAGAAACAAGAGGAAGUAAUUACAGAACUAAAUGAUCAUGGGCAACAAAUGCAUGUAACUGAAAAACUCAUUGAAAGUAAAGAUGAAGAAAGUAAAAUGAUCAACAAACAAACUCAGGAACAACAGAACGAAGUGGUUAAGGAUCAAAGUCAAUCUCCAUUUCAACAAAAUCAACCACAAGAUGAAGGAUAUGAACAACCAAUACCAACACAACGGGAAGAAAUUGCUGUGGGUGUCCUACAGAAGAGUAAAGCAAAGUGGAAAGAUAAAGUGACUGAAGAACAAAGACAAGAUCCACAUGAGCAAGAACUGUAUCGAAUAAAAGAAAAGCAAAAUGAAAUGGCUCAAGGGCAACGACAAGUUGGAGAUAUUGAAAGAACUGUGCAUUUACAAGAAGAACAGGUUGAAGUGAUUGAAAAUCAUUCUAAAUUACCAAGGCAACGCAAUGAAGUUAUUGCUGAAAAAAACAAGCAACUAGAGAUUAUUAACUCGCAAAUUGAUCUCAGCAAGAUGCAAGAGUUAUUAUUAAAGAAGCACGGGAAAGAAGCUCAUGCAACAGCUUUGGAUCCUUCUUUUACGGCUAAGAUAUUAGACAGGGGUGGUUCAUCUACUCUAAUAGAGAAGUAUCUAAAACUGUUAAAGGAGCGACAGAAGAUUGAGGAAGAGCUGUUCAGAAUUUUUUAUCUUUUUAGUGCAACGGAGGAAUCAAACCAUUCCUCUCGGGAAUCCGUAGGUGGAAUAGCAGCUUCUCCUGAAUUGCCCUUUGGAUCAUUGCAACUAAGAGGCAAUCGAGAACUUUGUAGCCAGAAGCAGACAUCUGAACCUCUACCUGUUAGAAGUUCUUUCACAACCUCUGUGAAUUCCGUAAUGCACGCACUGGAGCGAGAACCAGAGGUUCGAAAGCUGGAAAGGAAUCCACAGCUAAAGCCAUCAACAGUUGUGCAGGCAAUAGUCACUUCACAUGAUCCCAUUACUUCAGUUAAUGAGCUCCAUCACGUGCAGAAGCACCUCAAGCAUCAAGGAUAUCUGCACCCUCCUGGAUCAAAUGGAGAUGAAGACGCGACUAUAGUAAUUUCUUCACCUGAAGGUGAGCAAGAUGAUCCUGAGAAGCAGAAGCUGCAGAGUAAAGGCCAAAAGCGGUUUCUUACACCAAGGUGUAAUCCAGAAGCAACGUUGAGUGUGCCAGGACUCUUGGAUAUUCAGAACCAUAACUUAGGAAUGAAGCAACAGCCCAAGAAGGAUGGCCGAGGGAGGCCCCGUAAACAAAAGUCUGAUGCUGAGAAUACAACUGGAGACAAAAUGAUCUCACAGCCCAAGAAGGAUGGCCGAGGUAGACCACGGAAACAGAAGUCGGAUGCUGAGGCUACACCUGACAAAUUGAUCUCACAGCCCAAGAAGGAUGGCCGAGGUAGGCCACGUAAACGGACGUUAGAUGAUGAGGCUACACCUGGAGACAAAUUGAUAUCACAUAAGAAGCAGGAGCAACGAGGGAGGCCCCGUAAACAAAAGUUGUUAGCUGAUACUACAAUGGGAGAUAUAUUGAUCCCUCAGAACAAGCAGGAUGCCAAUACUACAACUGGAGACAUAUUGAUGUUGCAGAACAAGCUGGAUUCUGAUACUCCAACUGGAGACAUACUGAUCCCGCAGAAGAAGCAGGAUGCUGAUACUCCAAAUGGAGACAUAUUGAGCUUGCAGAAGAAGAAGGAUGCUGAUACAGCAACAAGGGACAUAUUGAUAUAGAAGCAGCAAAAGCGAAGAGGUAGGCUCCUUGAUGAAAAGUUUUAAUGCUGAUACUACAUCUGGAGACAUAUUGAUGUGCAACCAAAAGUGAUGAGGGAACCGCUGAUCCUACAUCUAACUUUGGUGUUUGAUCUAAUUUUGCUGUAACCACGGAGAUAAUGCCUUUUUUUGGUGUUUAGGAAGGCAUAUCCAGCUAACUUUGAUUAUGACGACUUUUGACAAGAUAGAAGAAAAAAAAAAAAAAGAAGCCUUUUUUGUUAAAUAGUGGUGAUAUAAAUAAUAUUUAUAAAUUUUAUGUUCAAUGGGUUUUAUCUCAUGGGACCCAUGUAAGAAUUACCAAAAAGUCCAAAAUAAAUUAAGAAAUUACCAUUUGUUUGUACGGUAGCGUUGUCCUACGCACUGUACUUUCUCGUUGUAUUACCCACGAAAGUUCCAGGAAAUUACUACUACCUAAAAAACAAUUUCUGUACUUUAAUUAGGCUUGUACCGCCCCUUUGGGUUAGGCUCGUUUAUUUUCUUCAUAGAUAUGCAAGUUUUGUUCCAAAAUGUACAAUUAUCCAUCUUUAGAGGAGGUAAGGAAUCAAGAAACCUUCUCUGACAUUGCAUUGCAUUUGUGCGUCAGAAGAAGAGGUUCUGUAAUCAAACCCACUUGAAGAGGUUCUGUAAUAAAACCCACUUGGUAAAGAAACGUAAUUAGCAGAAAUUAAGGGAAACAAGCAAUGCCCAUGAAACCUUAAACCCCAAGAAACAGACCCUUUUCAUCUUCCAUGGCAGCACUCUUUAGCUAGAUUCUAUUUUUUACAACUUUAAAACCCCCCUUAAAAAGUUCGUUGAGUCAUUUCAUCAAGCAGGUGGUUAA